CGAGUGUUAUCCACCAAUCUGGCAACCCAUGCUCUGUGCUGUUUCUUCACGGCUGUGUUUUGGUGGAAAUUCCGGUUAGAUGUUCUCUGCGGUCUGCAGCAGGUCUGAUUGUCAUUAUCUGCCGGUGGCCAAAAGUGGGUGGUGCAUGGAUGGCUGAUGGACAGGUGUCUGGACCAAUCACAACACAAUGCUGGCACGGAACCGCUUCAUCCUGCUGCUGGUGGUUGGCGUGGUGCUAGCUGUGCUAAGCUUCAGCAUUCAGUACUUGCAACCAAUACCAACCAAUCCGGUGGCAGAAGUUGGGACGCUCGGUAAAAACAGGAAGAGGGUAAACCCAGUGGUCCAUACAGAGCCACCAGAGCUUGACCCGAUCAGUGAUGCUUACCGAUACUGCAACCUGCCUAAUCACACAGAACACACACGCGAGGGUCACAGUCCGGCCGACUACAAGCUGCUCUUUGUACAGGUGAUGAUUCGCCAUGGCGACCGUUACCCGCUCUACUCCAUCCCUCAGACCAAGAGACCAGCCGUCGACUGCACGCUGUCACCUCACAGAAUGCCCUCUCACCCUCUACUGGCCUCCUUCAUCAGUCACAUGGCCCAGGGUGGGCGUGGCCACUGGGAUGCAUCACUGAGCUCACUAGCCAGAGUCCCCAAUCACAGCAAUUGUGAGCUAGGCGAGCUCACACAGACAGGUGUGGUCCAGCAUUUAAAAAAUGGCGAGCUCUUGCGCCAGGCUUACAUCAAACACCACAAGCUGCUUCCUCAUGAUUGGUCAUCACAGCAUCUGUGGGUGGAAACUACUGCUAAGAGCCGCACCCUGCAGAGUGGCUUGGCGCUGCUGUAUGGUUUCCUUCCCAGUUUCGAUUGGUCAAAAGUUAUGGUGCGGCAGCAGAGGAGCACUAUGUUCUGUGGCUCAUGGUGUGAUUGUCCAGCACGGAACCUCUUCCUGGAUGAGGAGCAGCGUCGUCAAUACCGUCUUCGCACCUCUAAUGCUGAGCUCGAGCGCACUUAUGUUGCCAUGGCGAAGGCGCUGGGCGUGGCCACACGUACGAUGCGGGCAGCCAACCCGAUAGACGCGCUGCUGUGCCACCUUUGCCAUGGCUUGCCGUUUCCCUGUGCCAACCCACAUCCAUAUCCUGUAUCCGAAAACGGGGCAUGUCUGACAUUACAGCACUUUGCUGUGAUUCGCCAGCAGCAGAGAGAUGACGAGCGGGAGCGUAAGGAGGCGGGGAUUUACCGGCGCUUUGCCGUGCUUGCGGCACAUCCUUUCCUGAACCGGACAGCGUUACGCAUGGAGAAGGCUGCCCGAGGCAACACUGAGCCUGUCUUUGCACUAGCCUCUGCCCAUGACAUCACUAUGGCACCAGUGCUAAGUGCCCUUGGCCUGGAGGGGGCAGGGUUUCCACGUUUCGCUGCUCGCUUGGUGUUCGAGCUGUGGAAGAGUCCGGAUGCAAAGGGGAAGGGGACACGAGGAGGUGUGGCAAACACUUACGUUCGUGUGCUCUAUAAUGGAGAGGACUUGACCUUUGAAACUGCUUUCUGCCGUGACCAUGACCGCCACUUCACUCAGCCGUUGUGCCCUCUGGGUAACUUCUUGUCCUUUGUAAGAAGAGACAUGUUUAGUAUUGUUAACGCCACCAGCUACUAUCAAGCCUGUCAUCAAAGCUUAACAGGGUGACAGAUAAACAGGGAGUAAGACAGGAAUAACUGAAUAUAUUUUGGGGGUUUUAUUAUUUGUUAGUGGUUUCUGUAGUAAAUAGUUUGAUAGUGUUUUCUUUGAACAAUUAAUGUUGUACUAAACAUAUGUCCUAGAGCAUUUUAAAUUGGUCUCGCACGUUCACUUGUAUGUGAAGUGAUGCACGAGUGACUUGGGUGUCCAUGUGAAUUGCACAUUUGUGUUCUGUCGAGAUGCUGAUGCUGUAUACAGUGUUUCAUCUUCAACAAUUCCUCAAGUCUUAAGGCUUUUACACACCCAACAUGAGGUUUUUAACCCAAACAUGCAUUUAUACAAUCUUAGAUUUCUGUUUAGCACCAUUUGUCCCUCUGUGGGUGGUGUUAAAGGCUCUUAGAGGGUCCUUCCUGAAAAGAUUUCAGCACACUGAGGCAGAUGUUGGUGUACUCCUUCGGUGCGUCUCACUUGUUUUUCCACAUACUGACUCUUUCCUUUUUUUAUUUUUUUUUUGAGACACCACAAAACCUAACCAACCUGGUAAGUCGUAAACGUGAUUUGUCACCUCUUCUGUCAGAGCAUAAAACGUGCAAGCAUCUACACAGACACAGGGCUAAAAGAAACACUACGUUUGGUUAAUAGAGCCAGUAAUUGAUUAAUCUCUGAUUAAUUUAAUAAUAAUCUGAAAGUAUAAACACAUGGUGAAGUGCAGCUCGGGGGUCGAACAGUUCACGGUUUGUCACGUUUGUGGACGGUUCGGCUCUACAAUUUGCAUUUGAACUCCACAGACGUUGAUGCCGUUUUGAAAGAUUUGGUUAAACCCGUGUGUUCGAGAAGUAGAGUGACAAACCAGUCUGACCUUUCCAGGUGAUGGAGAAAACACACAACAGGUCGGUUGUGAAAGUUGGUGCAUAUUUGACACUUUCUGUGAUAUUUAGUCGUCGUGUGUUCGUCGUGAAGUGGGCCUUUACUACAAUCCUUUGGUUUACAUUCAUCCGCUCACAUAGACAGGUACUGUAGACUGUAGCAUACAUAGAAGGAUUUUGACAAUAUGAUUAGAAGGAUAUUAUCAUCAUACUGUACACAAAAGGAGUGAUGCUUCUCUUGACCUUAUUUCUUGAACUUAGUCAAAAUAAUCAGAUGAGGAAAUGCGUUUUGAAUGCCUGGACAGGUUUGUCCUGAAUAAUAGCAAUAUUGUGUGUGCAGCGUAUCACCAUAGUGUAUCAUUUCUUACUUUGCACAUAUCCAUCAAGGCCAAACGGCAUUAAAAGAAACAUUUGCAUCCUUGGAUUUAAACACCAAAUCAGGUUUAAUGGCAACCCGCUCAGUCUAAACCAUGGAAAUCUCCAUUAAUAUUCGGGUCACUUGUACUGCUGUUUAAUUUAUUUAAAUGAUACUGAUGCUCUGAUUUUGUCUUAAAGCUUCGACAUGGAACACGCAUCAAGCACAUUCCUCUUCUUCGAAUCCACAUAGUUGCAGUUAAUCUGACCAAAACCACUUCGGAAACGAAUCUUAAACAAGUGGAAGUUAGCAACAGAUGCAGUGAAGCAAUAAAUCACCCCAGACGUAUCAUUAGGGUUAGACAGGAUGUUUUCCAGCGAUACCUUAGAUUUAACUGACUCUUGUGUGAGUGAAAUAAUAAUAAAGCCAGGGUUUGAGUGUAUAUGAGACAGUGAACUGAGAAAGUACUGGACACUAGCACUUUGAUUGACUGUGUGUCUGAGUUUGAGUGAACACAAUGAGGUUUGAUAUGCAGCUCUGUCGGCUUUCAUUUAAAAGCAUUUCAACAACACUUGCAAAUCAAGCACUGAUUACCAGCACAGUCCUGAGAACAAUCACACUGAUUCAUACAAAAAAAAGGAUUUUGAUGAUAAACGUUUAUCACGUUAUGUCUGCAGACUUGGUUUUUGUACGGCGUACAGUUUUUUCAAAAGUUUUGUAAAGUUUGGAGGUUUCGGCGCACACAGCCACUUUAUUCCCAUCUUCCUGCAGCGAUCAUGAUGUUUAGAUACGCUGCAAAUGUACGGAUUUGUGUUCGACUAAUCACAAGAUUAUUUUCAUACCUUACAUAUCUGCUUUUUAACGGAGGAAAACAGGAGCGUUUAAAGUCCGGUGUAGGGAAUGUUGACGGGUUUUGUACGGUGAUCACUAUUUUUUUAUGAUUAAUAUUAUCGUGCUCUAGAACAUUCCUUAAUAUCGAAGCACAUUUUACAAUAAAGUCACAUUCCGAGUGGAUUUUGUGU